UGUUUUUUAUAGGCCUCCCACUCCCAUAGGGGGAGCUGAAUUCAACAAACCACAAGCUAGCCUGUCCUUAAUUAUCAGGUUCAACAAACCACUUGACUUUUGUUUGGUAAAACAACUUGUGAUUCGCAAACAAGAAAUAAUGCGAUGUUCUUUAAAACUUAAUGAUUGAGAUGUGAUUGCUAAAAUAACUGGCAAGUGGUAAUCCUAGACCAUUUUACCGUGUUGUCGAACGAGUCAAGUCGUUGUGUACGUAUGCAAAUGAUAAACUAACUUGGUUUCCAUCCAUGAAUAGUUGAAGUGGUACAUUGACUUCCAGCUGCCUUAAGUACUUGCCAUCUCGACACAACAUUACUGUGAAGCUAUCUUCAUCUUUCGACUACCCGGUGCUAUUGUAAAAGGCACAGAUGGACGAACGCCUCCUGAAAGCAGCGACUGAUGGUGAUUCCACGUCCAUGAAGCACUAUGCUUGUCGUAAUCCAGGCAUCCUUCUCGGAAAGACUUUGCGGAUGAACACUUGCCUUCACAUAUCCUCCAUCCAUGGUCACCAGAGAUUCUCCGCGGAUGUGGUGGCACUGGAGGAGUCUCUCCUCACCGCUGUAAACUUAGAUUGGGAGACGCCACUUCUUGCGGCGGUGAGAAAUGGUCACGUCUCUUUGGCUUCUUUUUUACUCGGAAGCUGCCAUCAGCUAGGAAUGGGGCAAGCAAUCUUAAAGCAAGACAAAUAUGGAUUUAACGCACUACACCAUGCCAUUCGCAAUGGCCAUGAGGAGCUUGCGCUGGAGUUGAUUACAGCAGAGCCUUCUCUGUCGCGAGCUGUGAGCGAAUGCAACGAGUCACCCAUGUUCUUCGCCUUGACAAGGAAUUUUACGCGUGUGUAUGAGCAGCUAGUUCAAGAUCCUCUUUCUUCUUAUACGGGAGGACUACACGAUCGCAAUUGCCUACAUGCUGCAGUCAGAAAUGGGAAUCCAGAAAUGGCAAAGCAUAUUCUGAGAAACUAUCCUGGACUAAUGAUCACUGAAGACAUCAAUAAAGUUACUCCAACAAGACAUGCUGUACUUUUUGACAAGAUUGACAUGUUACGAGUAAUACUGUUACAUGAUCCAACCAAAGGAUACGAAAUAAACAGUAUGGGUGAUCCUCUCCUUGCUGCUGCCGCAUAUCGAGGUCGAAUUAAUGCUGCUCGAGAGCUUCUGAAACACUGUCCUGAUGCUCCUUAUCGCCAAGAAAAUGGUGGGACAUUGCUUCAUAGAGCUGUAUGGGAUAACCAAAUAAAGUUCGUUAAAUUUGUCCUGACGACACCGCUACUUCGCAAACUCAUCAACAUGCAAGACAAGACUGGAAAAACCGCUCUACAUUAUGCAGUCCGGAAGUGUGAUCCGGAACUAGUUAGUAUUUUACUAUCUCACGAGGAUAUAGAUGCGACAGUGCUUGACAACAUCGGUGUUUCAGCGGCUUGGGAACUGAAGUACGUCAUGGAGAGUGCCAAGACUUUAAACUGGAAUGAAGUCUUGAUGCUUAUGCUAAAAGCAGAUGCCCAAAAUGCCACAUCUCUCUAUAAUCUUCACGGGAAAGCCAAGCAACAAGCAAUCGAUGCUGGAAGGAAGGAUGCAAAGUCACUAACUAAGACAUACACAACAAACAUUUCACUAGUGGCCAUUCUCAUAACAACAAUCACCUUUGCUGCUGCUUUCACCCUGCCUGGAGGAUACAGCAGUGUUGAUGGAAGCGAGGGACUUCCGAUCAUGUCUCAGAAGGUUGCAUUUCAAGCAUUCUUGAUCUCUGACACCUUAGCAAUGUGCUCCUCAUUUGCCGUUGCUUUCAUAUGUGUCAUAGCAAGGUGGGAGGAUUAUGAGUUCUUGAUUUAUUACACAUCUUUCACUAAGAAGCUCAUGUGGUUUGCAUACGUGGCAACUACAACGGCUUUUUCAACUGGUUUAUACACGGUGUUAGCGUCUCGGCUCCAUUGGUUGGCCACUGCAAUUUCCGUUCUGGUAGCUUUAUUGCCCAUUCUAACCAAGCUUCUUGGCGAAUGGCCUGUUUUGAAGCUCAGAUUCCGGUUGGGAAAAACUUUCAACUCCGAUCUCUUGGACAUGGUGUGAUCUCAACAAUUUGUCUGAUUGUUCUGAUUUCAGACAAUAUUUUGUAUUUUAUAUGUAAUCAACAUUUUUUUUGGCUAGUCAUUUUGUAUUGCCGACUCGCGGCGAGGAAAUAGUGCACUAGUAUUCUUGUAUACCUUUGAAAUCUCGGACAAAAUAUUAAUUGUGAUAUUAUUCUUAUGAUGC